AAGGCUCUAGCUUCAAAUGAUCAAAUCCAGCUGCCUCUUCCCCUCUCAAUAGUCCAUGCCCGCCGCCACAAGCCCUAGAACCCUAAACCCCCCAAGCGAGAGAUAAAGCAAAGCAUGGCGCCGCCGCCGCACCACCUCCCUCCCCGUCCCCGAAACCCUAGCCUUGCCUCCCCCACCCAUGGGGAGGCAUCCUAAGCCCCCGCCGCCGCGCCCGCCGCCGGACUCGGACCCCGGCGUCGGAUUCGACCCCGUCGAGGAGUGGCUCGUCGACUUCGACCAGGCCAUGGAGGGCGAGCUGGGGGCCAAGAGCCUCGGCCCCACCGAGGAGGCGGUGGUUCCGCGCGCGCCGAGGCCGACGACGACCUGCGGCGACGCUGGAAAGGUCUCGGAUGGUUCGGCGGCGCCCAAGAGCUGCGAGUUUGGUGUGAAGGAGGAGGGGUCGCUCGGCCAGGCAGGAGAUUUUUGCGGCGAAGAAAUUGACGAGAAGGCUGAGAUGGCGAGCGGCGGAUUGUGCGAGCUGCUUGCCCCGGAUCAGCUUCUGGCGUCGGGGAUUGGUGAUUUGGCUGUAAAAGAGGAUAUUUCGGAGGGAGCGGUUGCUACGGAGGUGGGUGCUGCACCUACUGAUGUUGAGAUGAAUAUCGCAGCCUCGGUGAAAGAGGAAGGCGGAGGCGACAAGGAGAAGCAGGAUAGCAGCGAGGAAGAGUCGGAGAGUAGCGAGGAGGACGAGUCGAGUGAGGCUUCCUCCAGCAGCGAGGAGGAGGAAGAGCAGAGGCCCAAGAAGGAUGAGGAAUCGAGCGAAGCCUCGUCAAGCAGUGACGAGGAGGAAGAGCUGGGAGCCAAGAAACUUUGUGGCGCUGGUGGAGCGGAGGGUGAUAGCCUGGAGGCCCUCCUUGAGGAGGGCGAAUUGAUGGUUGGGAGCGAUGAGGAGGGUGAGGAACCGAAGGGCCCCAUCAAGUCCAAACAUCAAGCAGAGGUCCUUACUCCAGUCCCAAAGAUUGAAAUACAGUUGGAACCACAUCAUCAGACUCUUCCAGUAGGAUCUAUCACAGCUAUAAUGGGUGAGAGAGUGAUUGUUGAAGGGUCAGUCCAACACAAUCCUCUGAAUGAGGGCUCAAUCCUCUGGAUAACGGAAAGCAGGAUGCCACUUGGUAUCAUUGAUGAGUUGUUUGGACCUGUAAAAAACCCAUACUACCUUGUGCGAUACAACUCUGAGGAAGAAGUGCCUGCUGGGAUCAGUGUAGGAAACAGUGUCUCUUUUGUAGCAGAGUUUGCAGAUCACAUCCUGAAUAUGAAGGAGCUCUAUGCAAAAGGCUACGAUGCAUCCGGAGACAAUGAUGAGGUGCUAGAAGAUGAACUUGAAUUCUCUGAUGAUGAGAAGGAGGCUGAGUACAAAAGGUCAUUACGUCAAGCAAAAAGGCAGACUGAUAGACAGCAUGAACCUAAUAAACCUUCUGGUGAUAAGAGGAGAUCACAGCCCAGAGGUGCUGGAUUUCGAAAGGACAUGCCACCAAGGAACCGGGAUGCACAAACACCAGGUCACCAGUCACAGCCUCGUUUUCACCGCUCAGAUAUGUCCCCUGCAGUUGCUAAAAAUGCAGCACGCCCAUUGGGACCUCAAAACAUUCCUGUGAGUGCUCCAACAAUGCCGCCACCUGUCCAGAUGAAUCCUGCCAUGCCAUCACCUGUUUAUCAUGCAAAUCAGAUGGGUGGUUGCUUCGUCAAUCCAGCGCAGCAGUUCUUGCCACAGCAGCCAAACAUGGUUUGGCCUGGCGGGCUUCCACCACCGCCCCAUCUGAACAUGGGGGUAGAGGGAGCUGCUCUCGCUGCAAAUAUCAUGCAAAACCUCUUCGCUGGAACGAACCAGUUCCAAAAUCAGAAUUUCGGUGGCUUCCCGAACCAAAUGCUGAUGCCCUUUCCACAGUUCAUGCCCCAGACUGUAAUGCCUGCAAAUCCAUUGACGUUCGGUGGUGGACCACCGGUGAACUCCCCAUUUGGUCCACCACCUCUACUGCCUAUGGGGCAAGGCAACUUUGGCCAGCCUCCUCACAUGGCCGGGGAUCGGCAGGAACAGGGACACCCUCCUCCCGGAUUUCCUCCCAACUCACAAGGAUUUGGAAACUUGGCGCAGCCCCAUGGAGAUGGAGAGCAUUCACCUAUGCAGCUCAAUUCUGGACAGUUCAAUCGAGGCAGCUCGUCCUUCCGUGGCAGAAAGCCGCAGCAACGCGGUGGCCGGCAUUCCUCUGGCAGAGGCAUCCGGCAUAGCAGAUAGGUGAGGGCCGGGUGCUUUGCCCCGGUGUAAUUUUGACUGUUAUCGAACUUGUCUUAAAUUCAGUAUGGAUGUUCCCUUGUGUUCUUGAACGAGAUAAUGUGAUCAGGUUAUUGUAAUACGUGAGUUGUUUCGUGAAA